GCCUCUACCCGCGAACGGCAGCCAGUGCUCAUUCCAUCUUGAAUCAUGGAGGGAUUGCCGAUUGACACGUCGCACCCCGCCGUCAGGGAUUAUCUGUCGUUGAUACGACUGCAGGUGUUGACGCCGCUAUCCUUACUGAUUAACAUAGCAACCGUGAUGGUCUGUACGAUUGUGGUUUCGCCCAGUCUUGACGAAAUAUCAAGAGAGUAUCCUACCUCUCUGACCCCGAAGCCAUGGAUGAUCGCAGUCUACGUGGUCGCGGUCUAUCUACUACAGGUCGGGUUCUGUCUACUGCUUGUGAUCGCCAGGAAACCGGAAACGAAGCAAACCUUGAUCAAAGGCGUUGGCCAGUCGUUGGUGUGGGCGAACUGGACAAUGGCGGGCUGGGCUGCUGCUUUCCUAUUGCAGCAAUUCCUCGUUGCUACCGUACUUGUGGGAAUCACCACACUGAUUCUGCUGCUCUCCAACCUCAAACUCCUCUGGUUGUAUCCGCCCACCAACAAGCGACCUAUUGAUACCGCUUUGAUUCAUGCUCCGUUGCGCCUCUUCCUUAUACUACCUUUUGGUCUGCUGCUGUGGCAAUCCCUUUUCAUCACCAUUGGUUACUCAUGGAACCCUGGCACACCUCAACAUUAUGCGAGGCACCAAUGGGCCGGCUUUGGUGUCGUCAUAGGCUUCAAUAUUCUCAGCCUUCUCAUCGUCAUAUUCCGUCGCGACGUCGUAUGGUGCGCCGGAGCAACAUGGCUGGCUGCCAGCCUUUGGAGCCAAACUCCCAAGCCCAUGCCAAUACAGACCACGGAAACGGUGUUUACCGUCGUGCAUCCCGUUGCGCUUGCCUGCGCAACGUUGUAUCUUUUCCUGCGUCACAAGGACCGGCGCCAGGAGGAUGAAGAGCCGAGUCACGGCCCGAUUCAUCUGCCGCCGGACGCGGAGAACGCUGCAAACGGCGGAGGGCACAGUAAUGGACCAAGGGAAGUGGAUGCGCAGGCUGUUUGGGGAUGAAGUAGGCUUGAUGCAUGGAUGACAGGAUGCCGAAAGAGCGUGUAUGACGUGCUAGUCGACUGCAGUACUGUAUCAUGAUGUCUAAUAUACC